AUGAUUAAAAUGAUUUCGUUUUUAACCUUAUUUGGGCUUUUGAUUGUCAAUUAUGUUUCUGCCACAUGGAUGAAAACGUCUAAUGAUCAGGUUUCUGGAGUUCAUACAACGUAUCAUGGUGCCCACGAAGCGGGUGCAUGCGAACUUCCAAAAGCCAGUUAUGCUAUUAGUCACUCAGUUGCACUCGGAAAUAUUGAGUCUUUGAAACAUUUGAAGUUUCGAUCUGAAUUAUGUGGUCAUGUAAUCCAAAUUGACUGUGGAAAUGGGCCAUUGGAUGUGGUUGUUAUGAACUCAAACCUUGGUGGUGGCCUAGAUCUAUAUGCUUCGACUUGGAACAGACUCACUCAUCACAUGUCUCCUGGGGUCACGUCAUGUAGUGCGAAGUUGAGCACUCGUAAUGCUUUCAACUUUAAUGGACCUCGCUGCUACUACAAACCUGAUAGCCCAGCUGAUAAUGAGUACUAUCGUAAUGUUGGACUCCUGAACACCAAUGGACGUAUAGUCAUUAGUGCAACAAUAGAUAACCGUUCUGGUGAGCAUCGUGGAACCAAUCCGUUCUUUGCAUUCGACUUCGGUCGUCCAAUCAGCGUCGACAAACAAGUUGUUUUCACCUUCGAAGGCGGAGAAACUCAUACAGUUUAUUUGCGCGAUUGUGAAUAUCAAGCAAACAAACAAAUGUGGAGUUAA